AUGUCGACUUAUACAACAUCUGUACAACGUGGUGGACAAUUUAAUUAUGAAACAAGAAUUAUACAUGCUGAUCAUUCAGUAACGACAAUUACAACAGUUGAUAAAACUGAUCAUGCUGAUGAAGAUAAUCAUACGACAGCCAUAGGUCAAAUAACAACAUCACCAGAUUUAGAAAAAUUAUUCGACAAAUUGAAUAUUAUCUUAGUGAUAUCAAUUUAA